AUGGCAAAUGCCGACUUUCUGCAAAAAGCCAUUGAAAUUGUGAGAAAGGCGAUUGAUGAAGAUGCCAAGGGAAAUGUCGAAGAGGCAUACAAGCUAUAUCACAACAGUCUGGAAUACUUUAUGACUGCCAUGAAAUAUGAGAAGAAUGAAAGAACAAAGGAAUCUAUACGGAAGAAAUGUACUGAGUAUAUUGAGCGAGCUGAAAAGCUAAAGGAGGUCAUAAAUAAACAACAGAAAAAGAAGAAGGCUGUCCCUGCUGGAGGAGGAACCAACGGUUCAUCUGGACCCAAGAAAAAGGGUGAAGAAUCAGGAGACGAAGAUGAUGAAGAAGACGAUGAUUCAGGCAACAAGAAGGAAGAUGCUGAAUCAAAGCGAUUGAAAGGAGCAUUACAAUCCGCUAUUCUGACUGAGAAACCUAAUGUUAAAUGGGAUGAUAUUGCUGGCUUGGAAGUUGCCAAGGAAGCUUUAAAAGAAGCUGUCAUAUUGCCAAUCAAAUUUCCACAUUUGUUUACUGGUAAACGAGUACCUUGGAGGGGUAUCUUGUUGUAUGGACCUCCAGGGACAGGGAAGUCAUAUUUGGCCAAAGCUGUUGCCACAGAAGCAGAUUCUACGUUCUUUUCAGUCAGUUCCUCAGAUCUAGUCAGUAAAUGGAUGGGUGAAUCUGAACGAUUGGUCAAACAGCUCUUCCAGAUGGCCCGAGAAAACAAACCAGCCAUCAUCUUUGUUGACGAAGUCGAUUCAUUAACAGGAACACGUGGUGAAGGAGAAUCAGAAGCCAGUAGACGUAUCAAGACAGAGUUUCUGGUACAAAUGCAAGGAGUUGGUCAUGAUCAGACUGGUGUAUUGGUGUUGGGUGCUACGAAUACUCCAUGGCAGUUAGAUCCUGCUAUUCGUCGAAGAUUUGAGAAACGUAUCUACAUUCCAAUACCUGAAGCAGGCGCUCGUGCCAGGAUGUUCCAGCUGAAUAUUGGUACGACUCCAUGUAAAUUGACUCAAAGUGACUAUAAGAUAUUAGGAGAGAGGACGGACGGGUAUACUGGAUCGGACAUUGCUGUGUUGGUUCGUGAUGCGCUAAUGGAGCCCGUCAGAAAAGUCGAUGCACCCAGCAGAAAAGAUCCCAACAUGAUAACAAGGCAUUUGACGCCGUGCUCACCAGGUGAUGCAGGUGCAAUAGAAAAGUCAUGGACGGAUGUGGAAGCCGAUGAAUUGUUAGAACCUGAUUUGACUGUGCAUGACUUUGUUCGUGCUUUGCAGAACGCACGUAAAUCAGUUGCUGACGAGGAUAUUGCCAGGUAUACGAAAUGGACUGAGGAAUUCGGUCAAGAAGGCUAG